UUUAUUCAAGUAAUUACUCUACUUUAGUUCACUGUCCUUCUACUGUCUGAAUCUUGUCCAUCCAGUGUCCAUGUCCUAUUGUUGUGUGUCCACCCACUGUCCACCCACUGUCCUCCACUGUCCACCACUGUCCACCCACUGUCCACCCACUGUCCACCCGCUGUCCAUGUCCAGUCCAGCCAGUCCACAGUCCCGUCAACCUGGUCCACCGGACCUACCUAAACUACCGAUCCACGAAACCCCACCACCAGACGGGGUACGGCCGAGCCACGCAUUCAUUCUUCAACACGCGGCGAUCAACAAGAUGUACCAGUAAUCUACAAGGGAUGAGGACGAAGGAAUUAGCUGCAUAUGUAGUAAGAGAUCAAUUGUUGGAUCGUGAAUGUAGAGACUAU